AUGAUGGUGCACUGUGCCGGCUGCGAGCGGCCCAUCCUAGACCGCUUCCUGCUGAACGUGCUGGACCGCGCGUGGCACAUCAAAUGCGUACAGUGCUGCGAGUGUAAGACCAACCUCUCGGAGAAGUGCUUCUCGCGCGAGGGCAAGCUCUACUGCAAAAAUGACUUCUUCAGGCGCUUUGGCACAAAGUGUGCGGGCUGUGCGCAAGGCAUCUCGCCCAGCGACCUGGUGCGCAAGGCCCGCAGUAAGGUCUUCCACCUAAACUGCUUCACCUGCAUGGUGUGUAACAAGCAACUGUCCACGGGCGAGGAGCUCUACGUCAUCGACGAGAACAAGUUCGUGUGCAAGGACGACUACCUGAGCUCCUCCAGCCUCAAGGAGGGCAGCCUCAACUCCGUGUCAUCCUGUACGGACCGCAGUUUGUCCCCGGAUCUCCAGGACCCACUCCAGGACGACCCCAAGGAGACGGACAACUCGACGUCGUCGGACAAGGAGACAGCCAACAACGAGAACGAGGAGCAGAACUCCGGCACGAAGCGGCGCGGCCCGCGCACCACCAUCAAAGCCAAGCAGCUGGAGACGCUCAAGGCCGCCUUUGCCGCCACGCCCAAGCCCACGCGCCACAUCCGCGAACAGCUGGCGCAGGAGACCGGCCUCAACAUGCGCGUGAUCCAGGUGUGGUUCCAGAACCGAAGGUCCAAAGAACGCAGGAUGAAACAGCUGAGCGCACUGGGCGCCCGGAGACACGCCUUCUUCCGGAGUCCGCGGCGCAUGCGUCCGCUGGGCGGCCGCUUGGACGAGUCUGAGAUGUUGGGGUCCACUCCGUACACCUACUACGGAGACUAUCAAGGCGACUACUACGCGCCCGGAGGCAACUACGACUUCUUCGCGCACGGCCCGCCGUCGCAGGCACAGUCCCCGGCCGACUCGAGCUUCCUGGCCGCGUCGGGACCCGGCUCGACGCCGCUGGGAGCGCUGGAGCCGCCGCUGGCCGGCCCGCACGCCGCCGACAACCCCAGGUUCACCGACAUGAUCUCGCACCCGGACACGCCAAGCCCCGAGCCGGGCCUGCCCGGCGCGCUGCACCCCCUGCCCGGCGAGGUGUUCAGCGGCGGGCCCAGCCCGCCCUUCCCCAUGAGCGGCGCCAGCGGCUACAGCGGACCCCUGUCGCACCCCAACCCCGAGCUCAACGAGGCCGCCGUGUGGUAA